GCUUUCCUUCUUCUGGGGAAUUGGCAUGAACUUCUAUAUGGAAAUAGCCAAGCUGAGAGCUGGGAGGCGGCUGUGGGCUCACUUGAUAGAGAAAAUGUUUAAACCCAAGGAUCCCAAAUCUCUUCUGCUGAGAGCUCAUUGUCAGACUUCGGGCUGGUCACUCACUGAGCAGGAUCCCUUUAACAACGUUAUCCGCACGACAAUCGAGGCCAUGGCGGCGGUGUUUGGAGGCACACAGUCUUUGCACACAAAUUCAUUUGAUGAAGCCUUGGGUUUGCCGACAGUGAAGAGCGCUCGCAUCGCUCGCAACACGCAGAUCAUCAUUCAGGAGGAGUCGGGUAUUCCUAAAGUGGCAGACCCCUGGGGGGGAUCCUACCUCAUGGAGUCCCUCACCAACGACGUCUAUGACUUCCAUUUCUUGAAACUAGGCAGAAAUUUAAUUUUUUGUCAUUACACUUUAGCACUAACACCUAGUUUUUUGGCUCAAAGACAAUAG